AUGCGGCGCGCUGCGUUCUGUCAUUUGGUACAUUGCGUUCGUGUGCGUUCAAGUAGUGUCUCCGUUUUGAAUGGGCAUCAUUUUUGCGGAAUCGCAUUUUUUUGCCGUAUCCAUGGGCUGACAUUGCCGAUCGCAACGGCGGUUCCGGCACUGAGGACAGCCGUCCGCGCUUUUCAUCAUCCGAAUCGACCGAUGUUCGGGCCCUCUCCGUCAGUUGGCACCGACCGAAAAGGAAAGCGUAACGCCAAGCCCACGCAGCGGAAGGAUCAGGAACAGUGGGAACCCUCCAAAAAGCCUGAUAUUGUAGGGGGUUCUGUAGUGACGGAUGAGGAUUCUAAUAAAAUACCAAUUUACAGAGUGAUGGGGCACGUGCUACACCAUUUGUGGCCGGCUGGGAAGCCGGGGUAUCGUGCACUGGUAGUUGCCAGCGUAACGUGUGUCGUCCUGGCCAAGGUGCUGAAGGUGGCAGUGCCAUUUUGGUUCAAGACGAUUAUAGAUGUGCUCACAAAUAGUACUGAGGUUGGCGCUUGUGUCACAACGGUGACAGAAGCAUUGCAUUUGGGUGUGUUCGGUCUGGUAGUUGCGUAUGGCAUCAGUAGGUUGUUAAGCUCUUUCACUGAGGAAAUGAAGUCUGCUUUGUUCGCUCCCGUUGGCUGUCAUGCAUCAACAACGAUUGCAAUGGAACUCUUCGCAAAAUUACACUCCCUUGACUUACAGUACCAUCUUGGUCGGGAGACGGGUGUUCUAAGCAAGGAUCUUGAUCGCGGCAGCCGUGCGUUUUGGUCCCUUGCGCAUGCGCUUUUGUUUAUGGUGAUUCCCACAGCAUUUGAAGUGGUGUUGGUUUGCACAGUCAUGAAGAGUUGUGCGGGAACCCCUUUUAUCUUAACAGCAUUUUCUGCGGUUGUGUUGUACAUUGGGUGGACAUACGUUGUAUCUAAUUGGCGUGCUGAGUACCGGGCGCGCUUCAACAAGGGAGACAGCCGCGUAGGAGGGCUAACCGUGGACUCCCUUCUUAAUUACGAAACGGUAAAGUACUUCGGCCGCGAAAGUUAUGAGGAGUCGCGCCUUCGGCGCGAGACGGCGGACAUGAAUCAUCAGCUCAUGCGGCUGGAUCAGUCUAUGUCGCUCUUGAAUUUUGGUCAGCAUGCGAUAUUUGUCUUAGCUGCUCUGGUCUCAUUGUACCUUUCCACAUGUGGUGUGCUCGCGGGUUCGAUGACUGUGGGCGAUUUGGUAUUGGUGGACGCCUUGCUCAUGCAACUUUAUACUCCGCUAAGUUUCCUGGGUAUGAUUUACAGAGAUAUACAGGCAUCUACACAGAAUAUGCAAGCAAUGAUCGCCCUCCUCGACGUGCAAAACAGUGUGAAGCAGAAGGCAAAUGCGAAGGCGCUAGAGUUAGUAAGUGGUACCAUUGAGUUGCGAGACGUGUGUUUCGCUUUCAAAACCGGCGGCGAUGAUCGAUUCGUCUUGCGUAACCUCUCACUUGCCAUACCUGGUGGAAGCACUGUUGCCUUCGUCGGCCCCUCCGGAAGUGGAAAAAGUACUAUUUUCCGCUUGAUUUAUCGUUUCUACGACCCGCUUUCGGGGUCCGUUCUCAUCGACGGGCAGCCAUUGACGGAUUUGCAAAUACCGAGCUUUCGUGAGUCUAUCGGUGUAAUACCGCAAGAUACGGUACUUUUUAAUGAAUCAUUGCGGUACAACAUCUGUUAUGGCAGGCCGGACGCUACGGAGGAGGAGAUGAUAAGGGCCGCAAAGGUGGCUUGUAUACAUGACAGCAUAAUGAACAUGAGUGAUAAAUACGAUACGGUUGUGGGGGAACGGGGGCUAAAACUUUCCGGUGGUGAGAAGCAACGGAUAGCUAUCGCGCGUGUUGUUCUCAGCAAUCCGCCAAUCCUACUGGCAGACGAGGCUACUGCGGCUCUGGACAGCGUAACGGAAAUGCAUGUGAUGCAGCAACUGCGUGACGCUGGUGGGAAGAGACGCACCCUCAUACUUAUAGCACAUCGGCUCACAAGCAUCAUGAGUGCUGACAAAAUUUUCGUGCUUGACGGGAAAGGGUCCCUGAGUGAGAGCGGCACCCACGAGGAGCUGCUACAGAGAGGCGGUUUGUAUAGCGAGCUUUGGUCUAAGCAACUCCAUGAUGCACAUCGUGCUGAGGAGUAG